AGAAAGAAGUAGUGAUCUUCUACUAGCAGGCGUCCUAGUUGUCAUAGUAAAGACUAGAGCUUGCGAUUGUGGUGUAGUAAAAAGUACUACCAAGCAGCCGCAAGAAAGAACAACUCAGCAGUGAUGCGUUGAGAACAAAUCUGCUAUAGAGAAGCGUUGGAAGCUAACUUACUAAAAUAAUCGGCUAGACAAACAAGAAAAUGAUUGCCACAUCAGCGCAGCAAGCAGAACCGCAGCCAGCGACAUCGUCGUCGCCUGCUGUGCCAGAGGAGGUCGUGGGUGCUGCCGCAGCUCCGGAGAUCAUGAACAGCAUGGAUAUCGGCGGGAUGAAGAACAAUUCUGCAGAGGGAGGGGAGGCGCAGGUAAGUAAUUGUAUUUAUGUUUUCGAUCACAUAAUAUGCUGGAACUUGUCAUGCGCUUGGGCUUGGCCCAAAACUGAAGAAUUCUGUCAUGCUUGAAUUGCAAUUAGUACCUACAGACACAAAGUCGAAGAUAUUCACUUUACCGACAGCAAAUCAUCCCGCAGCAUUUGGACAACGGGAACAACCAAAACACCGUAUCCUAAGCAAAAACGUCUCCACCCCAUAGUCAAGUUGGGAAUCUUGCAACACAAAUCUCCAAGUUUUGGGAGCUGUGCAUCAUGACAAGUUUCCCUCUGCAGUGUAGUACUGGUUGACAAGGGAAGCCGCAUGAGAAAGCCACUUUCUCAUCCUGUUUACAGCAUUACAAAUUCCAAAACACGAUUGGAAAUACCUCUCGCUCUCAUUGGAGCUGCGCAUUACAAAUGUUCCUGUCAGUGCACAUUGGCAUGACAGCCCUGGGGUGGGGACGUUUUUACUCAGGAUACACCGCUUUCUCGCCCAUCGAUGUGGACGAGCAGCACAAAAAUUUGCAGCAGCAACUGGCCCAGCUGCAGCAGUUGCAGUUCAACAACAAGUUUUGUUUUGAAAACAACUUCCCCUUUUUCAACCUGAUGAACAGCCUGCAGAACAACGGUACCGCAGCCGGUGCGACUAGUACUACCUAUACGGGCGCAAACGCAGCCAUCGGUGGUCCGAUUUCGAAUUCCACUACCUCCAACAGCUCCUCGAACGAGAGCCCGACGGAAGGUUUGACGAUAGACGUCUCCAAACUGGUGAACUUUCUGUCCAUGUCCGCCGGGGCCGCAACCUCGCGGAACACCACCUCCACCACCGUUUCGGGCGCGACGUCUGCGGGGGGCGUUUUGAACGCUGCCAACAUCGGCGCAGCCGCGAUGGGAGCCGCGGGCGCGAAUCCCAUCACGAACAACGGCAUGACCACCCACAUCACGCCGACGGAUUGCUCGCCCACAGAUUCGGACAUCAAUGCGUUCAACAUGCAGUUUUUCCAGAAUCAGGUGCUGAAUUUCCAACAAAAUAACGCCCAGCAGCACUCAUCUUCCCCAAACAAUACUUUCGGGACGAACAGCGGUGUGGGGAUUGGGACCAUGAACGUCCAGAGUUUGGUGGAGCACCAGGAAAACAGUAAGAUGGUGCACCGUGGUAUGGUGUUCUCAACUGUUACACUCUCAGCUGUUGCGUGGAUUUGUUACGCAAGAAUGGGAAAAGUGAAAGGGGGAGGAUUGCGCCUGUAGCAUUACAAAUUCCGGACAGAUUUCGGUGCUGUGUAGCCCUAGGCAAAGUUGUCAUGAUGCGAAGCAGCUUGAUCGGGUGGAUGAUGAUGGUGCUUUUGCAUGACAAACUCAUGUAACAGUUGAGAAUGUAACGGUUGAGAACCCCAUACGUGGCGACAACAGUUCUUACCAGUUUCAUCACAACAUGCAGCAGCAGCAGAUGCAAGGGACGAAUGGUUAUCAACAGUUCAAUUACAAUCAGAACAACGGCGGGAAUACUAACCACAUGAACCACAACCGUUCGGGUUGUCGGGAUAAUCAGCACCAGAUGCACAACAACUAUCGUGGUGGUUCCCGAUCGAACUACCACUCCCGGAACCCGAGCCGGUCCGGCGAGCAACAAGGCUGCUCGUCAUCCGAGCAACCAAUGUACAACCAGCACCGCGAAAAAUCGGUGACCUACUGGAAGAACAAGCAGAAGGAAAACGGGCAGGGUGGCAACAUGCAGACAAGCAACAUCAACCGCGGUGGUUGUGGCACUAACCAAAAUUCUACUGGCGGUUCCUGCGCAGCCCCGGGGUUCAUCAAUAAUCAACAGCAGAAUCAGACUACGACCAACUAUGACACGUUCAACGGAAACAAUAGUGGUUCUGGAUACAACAACGACCAAAAUUACAACAACAACCAGCAGAACCAGUACAACAACUCGGACAUGCAGAAUAACAUAAACCACAAUCGGUGGAACACCCGUCCGGGAGGGAAUCAGGGUGACAACGGAAACAACAACAAUUGGGGAACAAUGAUGAAUAACAACAACUCUUGGAACAACAUCACAAAUCAGAAUAAUUCCUACGGUAACCAAAACCACAACCCGAAUCAGCAACAGCAAUUCCAUCAAAACGAUUUCUCUGUGAAAAAGUACCAGGAAUUACUGCAAAAGUCCUACCACUCGAUCGUCCCGGCGUCGAAGAAUUUCAACCCGAGUAUAUGCAUUGCAAAUAUGUCUAGGUCUGGAAACUUGUGAUGCAUGUCAGUGAGAAGAAAGCGCACUGUAAUGCACCGCCAGGCAUGACAGAUUUAUCCUUGGCUCCGUGUUGCGUAUUCCGCACGACAAACAGCGUUUUGGCAUGACAGAUAAGAGGAGCUCUUGCUGGCCACGCAAUACAGAGCUCAGUGUCAUGCCCGACUAGCAUGACAAAUCCCGUAUCCUUCCAGACCCAGACAUAUUUGCAUUUGAUAGAGCACGGAUUUACCCAAGGACGGGCGGUAUUCGCUGCAGAAGAAACCGACUAUCAAGUGCAAAUAUCUAUGCCUGGGUUUGGAAGAAUGCAACUUGUAAUGCUGCACUUGGAUCCCAAAAAAAUCUGUAUUGCAUGAGCAGCAAAGGCGGGAGUGUAAUUUUUGCUACGCGGAGAGGGCAUUAGCAUUUGUCAUGCGGAAGAGGCAUCAAGAAGCCCUCAAGAAAUAUGUGAUGCUAGGGCAUGCAUCACAGACAUCAUGGCUCAUACAAAACUUGCAUGACAAGUCUCAGAAUGAUUUCCAGACCCAGGAGACAUAUUUGCACUUGAUAACGACCUACUCGAAACAGAGUUUCCACUCAAAAAACACGACUGCUUCCUACAACGGGUCCGGUAUGGGCGGGGAUCAUGGGGGAGAUCAACAUCAACCUGGGCACCAGAACUACAACGGAAAUAAUUCGCAUCAGCCCAAGCGGUUCGUGUGUGUGUUCUGGAUCUCGGAAUGUACGACGUCCGAUAACAGUUACAACCACGGUGCUGCUUCCUACAAACAACACUAUGGUUUUGGAAACAACAAGGAACAAAAUCUCGACUUUGUGGUGGUCAAGCGGAUCCUCGGGAAACACGGAAAUUAUGAAUUGCAAAAGUAUCGUACUCGUAGUAAUUGCAGUCAUGCGUUACAAAUCCUUUGCCUUAACGUAAAUCCGCAUUACAAAUUUUAUUUCUCAUGCUGAAAUGAAAAUUUGUGAUGCAUUUAUACGAGUACGAUGCUUUUGCACAGGAUAGAAACAACAUGCGAUCGAUCUUCGAGGAGACCGGGUGCAAUAUGAGAGUGCGCAAGCCCCCCUCCUCCUCAUUUGUAUGGCAUGAGCAGCAAUACAAACACCAGCACAUGUGGAGCCUAUGCGUGACAAAUUCAUGGGUCUCAUGUAGAAGUACUGUUUGGGCUUCCAGAAGAAUUUGUCAUGCCAACAGUGCCACAAAGCAGCGACUGGGUUUAGGAUUUUGCAUCACAAAUGAGGGCGGGGAGGCGGAGUUGUGCAUUCUCAUAUGCAAGGUCCGGUUGCGCGGCCGGGGGUCCGGAUUUUUGGAGGGACCGGAUCGGAAGGAGUCGACGGAACCCUUGCAGUUGCAUGUUUCCUGCCUGGAGUAUAGUUAUUGAUGUGGGUUGUUUGUUAUGCGGAAAAAUUUCAACUUUUUCGCAAUAUGGUGGAAUGCAUUUUUGUCAUUCAGGCGUUUCUUUGAAUCACUUCACAGUCACAGAGCGGAUUUGUCAUGCAUUUUCACACAUCAAUUCCAAUUCAAUAUACAGGAACUUCGAGAAGUAUCAGCAAGCGGUGGAGAUGGUGACGAAUUUGUUGACCGACAUCUACUAUGCAUUGCAAAUAUCGAUCUGGGUCUGGAAAAAUUCCAACUUGUGAUGCAAACUCAGGAUCUUACAGAAAUUUGUGUUGCGUAAACGCCAAGACCGAGAGCCGCCAAUUUUUUGCUAGGCAAAUAGGGAGUUUCUUUCUCAUGCAGCGCAGGCAUGAAGAAGUAGCCCGCGCAAAACCUGUAAUGCUUUUACGCGCAUUCCAGAUCAGCUGCUUGAUGCGCAAGAUGCAUGACAAACAAGCGUACUCUUGCAGACCCAGACCUAUUUGCAGUCGAUAUCUACGAUGGUUACAAGCGGUUCUGCAAGCGGCACAGCCUCCCGAUCCCUACUGGUGAGGACCUGCAAGUUAUGAUGUUGAGGCAAAAUAUCAUCUGAUCUACUUGCUUCAGGAAGUCGAAGUUUGUGAUGCGUGAAUCGAAGGUGUUGCAUGAAAGUUGAAAGAACAAACUCUGUGCCGCGCAGCUUUGCAUCACAAAUUCUUAUACUGCUCGACGAUGAUGAUGUUUUUGUCGUUCAUAGAACUCCGUAUGGAAGAGGUGCGACGGGAUGAUUUGAAGCAAGCCAAUCAGGCGGCGCAGGUGCAGAUCCCGGUCGCGCAGCAAGGAGUUGUGCAGUAGAGGGUUUGCAUACGCACUUGAUGACGUUGAGUUCUUCUAUCUUGAUUGCUCGUUGAAAUUAAGCGAGAGGAAGAGUUUGAACUUAGGUUUACCACGAGCAACAUGCCGCAGCUGCUAUUCUUGAAAUUGGCAGAUGCGUAAAAAAUUGAAUGCUUUUACAAGAAAUUAAGCACCGCAGUAGAUACAACGACCGAUGCAGGUAUUGUAGUUAUCGACAUUGACUAGUACGAAAAAAAUGAAAAGUCAAGACGCAGUGAAAAUUAGAAUUCUGCGAUUUUUAUCGUAUCAUUUCUUCUUGAAAUUAGGUAUGUUAAGAAAAUGGAAAGUGAUUUAGUACGACCAGAUUCCUAGAAAACAGAACCGGAUAGCAGACAGGAUCAGACUUGACAGACGCUACAAAUAUUUCCUAACGUAUGUUUUGAAUUCAGACUAAUAUUUAUCAUCAUGGCCGCUGCAAUCCAGUACGAUUGGCGCGCUUGCGGCAUCUCUGCUAGAAUUUUAUCAAAAGAAUGUACAAAGUAAAAGAAGCGCACUUGCACUACUUGUUUUGAAAUUUAUAUAUUUUACACAUCACAGCUACAUCGAUUUCUCUCCUAGCCCGAGUGGCUUCUAUGCUUUAUCUAUUUGUAGAACACUUUUGUCUCACCACCGACCACAUUCACGUACGUUUUCUGUUGUUGUAAAACUGUACCAUUCUGAAAUUUAUUUCCCGAUACGAACGACCUAGACGUAUUCGCUAUCGCUAACUUUUGUAAAUUCAUUGAAGUUUCUGUCUCCUCAACUUCUAGAGGUCAUUUCUAUCACUGUUUUGUUUACCACUCUUGUUCAUGAUUACAAAAUUUGUUUCGACGACUCUUACGGCUUCACUACGACUACCAUGUACGAUUGAGAUAACAGCCGCCCUAGUUCUACUGAUCUUCUGAAAAUUCAUUGCUAAGAUUUCUUUUGUACACAAAUUCUAGCUAAAUAUCCUCAGAUAGAGCCGAAUAGCACUACAUUCUAGGAGGACGAGUUUCACCGCUAUCGAGGACAUCCUCUCGCGGGGUUGGUUGUUGACGAGCAAACACAGCAGCAAUAUAAACUUUCCUUGAUGCGAGAGCUGGGAAGGAGCUCUGUAGUUUAUCCCGUCAUCAGCAAUCUGCGUGACGAGAAAGCAGCGGAGGUGGAAAAUGAAGAGGAAAUAAGUAUCAGAAAUCGAAUUGUGCAAACUACUACUAAGUUAUUUCCUAUGUCGUGCCACCG